AUGAGUGUUCAGACCCCACCCAGACUCCUGACGCUGGCAAGGCAGGCUCUGCUGAAAUAUGAGGCCUUGGCGAUUUCCGAUGUGGAGAAACUGCCUACGGAGGUUUUCCCAGCACUCUUCAAGGAGGCCUUCACUGGCAGACACACUAAGAUCGUGACGGCUAUGGUGGCAGCCUGGCCUUUCCCCUGUCUCCCUGUGGGGGCAUUGAUGAAGACCCCUGACUUGGAAACCUUCCAGGCUAUGCUGGCAGGAGUAGACAUGGGGCUGAAAAGGGAAGAGCCUGUGGGGAGGGGAAAACUUCAGGUUCUUGACUUGAGGAACAAACAGCAUGAAUUCUGGAGCAUCUGGGCUAGAGCAGAGGAUGGGGGCUGCCCAGCAAAGACCCUGCAUAAGAAGCAAGUAGUGAAGGUUCUUCCCAGAUACGCACUGAGGCGGCGUCUGAAGGUGAUGACAGAACCUUGCCUCAGGUCCCGACUGGAUGAAGAACAAGCGUGCUUCUUGCAGUGGGCCGAGCAGAGAAAGGGCUCCAUUAAUUUCUGCUGUAGGAAGUUGAAGAUCUGGGCUCUGCCUGCCCAUGAUAUCAUUAAAAUCUUGAAUAUUUUCCGUCCAGAGCACAUUGAGGAAUUCGAACUGAGCACAGAGUGGAAUGCGUUAAGGCUGGCACAGCUUGCUCCCUGCUUAGGCCAGAUGAGCAAUCUUCGCAGACUCUUCCUGGCACCCACCUGCAGGAAUGCCCUCAAGAUUGACAACAGGGUGGCAGACAUAGAAGAAUGUGUCUGGAAGUUCAUUUCUCAGUUUUCUGAGUUCAACUGUCUCCAGCAUCUCCGCAUAAGUGGCAUCUACUUGCUCAGAGGCCGCAUGAAUCAGGUCUUCGGGUGCCUGAUGCCCUUCUUGGAGACCCUCUCCAUUAGUCACCACCAAAUCUCCCAGCAAGAUUUGAACUGCCUCACUUGGCGUCCAAAGCUCUUUAAGCUAAAACAUCUGGACAUGAGUGGUGUGGUCUUACUGGCUUUGGAUGUUGUACCUCUCGGAGUUUUCCUAAAGACUGUGGCAGGCACUUUGCAGACCCUGGACUUGACGGGUUGUAAAAUGAAGGACCCUCAUCUCACUGUCCUCAUUCCUGCCCUCAGCACAUGCUCCCAGCUCAUCAAGGUCAGUUUCUAUGGCAAUGAUUUCUCCAUGGCCAUCCUGAUGGGCCUUUUACAGCACUCCGCCAAUUUGAGCAAGAUGGAUGAGGAGCGAUACCCCGCCCCUCGGGAGUGCUGCCACAAGCGGGGUCAGUACUCUAUAGGGAGGUUUGUCCAUCUUUGUGCUCAGCUCAGGAGUACACUCAGGAGCAUCAGGGAGCCCAAGAGCAUCUCCUUUGCUACAGAUACCUGCCCUAAAUGUGGGGGGUGCUCUGUCUGUAACCUAGAGUCUAUAACCUACUGUGGCUGCUUGUGA